AUGACCGACGAGGAAGAGCGGGUCGUCCUCCUCGGCAACGGCAAGGAGCCGGAGGCGACGCGGGUUCGCCUGGAGAAUGGGCGGCGGACACGUUCAAAGGAAAGUCCACUCCUCGUCGCGACGCCGGAGGGCAACGAAGAUAUCGCCGACGACUCGCCGCUGCCGUCAAUGUCUGCCGUGCCGGUGGUCGUCAACUGCGCCAAGCACACGCGCCAGGAGCAGCAGAGCCAAGAGCCCGAGGAGAUGCUCGACACCCACAGCGAGCCGCCAUGCGCGGUAGACGAUCAGCAUAGGAAAAACUCGUGGAAAGUGACGGCGAUGAUCACGAUCACGUUCCUGUUCUUCAUCGUCGAGCUGGUGGUGGGGAUCAUGAAUCGAAGUAUCGCCCUCCUCGCCGACUCCUACCACAUGCUCUCCGACGUGAUGGCCCUGGUUGUGGCCCUCGUUUGCUUGAAACUCUCACGAAGGAAAAGCCGCAAAAAUGGCUUCGGAUGGGUGCGGGCCGAGGUGUUGGGCGCGCUGGUGAACGGCGUGUUCCUGCUGUCGAUGUGCGGCACGAUAUCGCUCGAGGCGUUCGGGCGGCUACUACACCCGCAGGCCAUGCAAAAUCCGAUCCAGGUGUUGAUCGUGGGCACGAUCGGGCUGAUCAUCAACAUCAUUGGCAUCACCAUGUUCCACGGCAUCGGCGGUCACGGCCACUCGCACGGCGGCGGCGGCCACGGGCAUUCACAUGGCGGCGGUGGUGGCGGCCAUGGUCAUUCUCACGAUGGCGCCCCCUCCAGCAACGGCCACUCCCACAAAAGCGACAAGAGCGAUUCGCCCCGAAAAUCAAGCGAUCCCCAUUUGCACGAGAUCCACCGGGCGCGGUUGCCGAACAACAAGACCUGGCAGGGCCAGUCGCUCGAAGACGCCGAUCUGCCCCCGCCACGCGUCCGCAGCGAGCGCGCCAUCUCCCAGAUCUCGCAGCUCAGCACCGGCGUCUCGCACAAUCACUUGGCCCUUCGUCUCGUCGGCAUGCCGGAGGAGUCGGACGAGGAGGAGGAGGAAAGCUCCCCGCCCGGCGUCAGCAAAAAGGAGCGCAAGGAGGUCAAGGUUGCCGAAAACCUGAACAUGCGCGGCGUGCUGCUGCACAUCAUCGCCGACGCCGUCGGGUCGGUGUUCGUGAUCGCGACGGCGUGCUGCUCCUUCUUCCUCGACGAGCAGCUGCCCACCUUCAACAAGUACCUCGACCCGCUGCUAAGUCUGACCCUCGUCGGGUUGAUCAGCUUCUCGGCGUACAACCUCGUCGCCCAGACGGCCGGCAUCAUCAUGCGACGCCCGCCCGUCACCCUCGACAUGGAGGAGCUGAAGAAGGAUAUUGCAGAGCUGAGCGGCGUCGUCAGGUGCCACUCGCUCGAAGUGUGGACGCUGGUGGGCAAUCGGCACAUCGCCACCGCCGAAAUCGAGUUCUGCACGGUGCUGGCGUUCGACCAGGCGGCCGCCAAGAUCCGCCGGCUCUUCCAUCGGAACAACGUCCACUCGCUGACGAUACAGCCAUCGUUCUCGGAUACGUGCAUCUUGGAUCCUGCCCAAGACGUCCCCACGCCCGAGCCGACGCUCAACGACCUCGGCCCCCGCCACCCCAAGCCGAAGGUCGUCUUCGAGACGGGCAUGCACCACGAA